UUGGAUCGAAAGCGGCGGCGGCAACAACAAGAUGGCGCGACCCAGGGCGGAGCGGCGGUGAGGGUGAGGGGCUGGAGGAGCAGUUACAGGGACGGGGCCGAAGCCGAGGCCUCGCCACGAUGAGCGACGUCAUGGAGAAGACGCUGUCGGCGCUGCCCAGCCUCCUGUCGCUGGAAGGCGGCGCCGGCAUCACGGCCGCGUCCCGGCUCGGCGGCUUCAUCCGCGGCCUCACCGAGCUGGCGUCCAAACAGGAUGAGGAGAAACUGAUCAAGAAGGAAUUGGCUGCGUUAAAAGAACAGGUCUCUGCUCCCACCACAUCUCCGAAGCAAAUGUGGGAAUGUUUGGUGCGUCUGAUCUACUGUGAAAUGCUGGGGUACGACGCCUCCUUUGGAUACAUACACGCAAUCAAAUUAGCUCAGCAGGGCAGCCUGAUGGAAAAAAGAGUUGGCUACUUGGCCGUUUCUCUCUUUCUAAAUGAGGGACACGAGCUGCUGCUGUUGCUUGUGAACACCGUCCUAAAGGAUCUCCAGAGCACUAACCUUCUUGAGGUUUGCAUGGCUUUGACUGUUGGCAGCCAGCUUUUCCCACUGGAUAUGAUCCCUGCCGUUCUUCCUCUGGUUGAAGAGAAGCUUCAGCAUUCAAAGGAAAUAAUAAGAAGAAAAGCAGUGCUUGCGCUGUAUAAGUUCUAUCUUAUUGCUCCAAAUCAAGUUCAACACAUUCAUGACAAGUUUAAGAAAGCUCUGUGUGACAAGGAUCCUGGAGUUAUGGCUGCCUCUCUUCACAUCUACCUUCUGCUGAUUAAGGAAAAUCCAGAUGGCCAUAAAGAUUUAACUGGGAGCUUUGUAACUAUUCUUAAGCAAGUGGUUGGCGGGAAGCUUGCAGUGGACUUCAACUACCACAGUGUGCCAGCGCCCUGGCUACAGAUCCAGUUGCUGAGGAUUUUAAGAUUGCUGGGAAAAGAUGAUCCAGUAACUAGUGAAUUAAUGUAUGAUGUUCUUGAUGAAUCUUUACGAAGAGCCGAUCUGAACCACAACAUAACCUAUGCAAUAUUGUUUGAGUGUAUUCAAACAAUAUAUACCAUUCAUCCAAAGUCAGAAUUGUUGGAGAAGGCAGCAAAGUGUACUGGAAAGUUUAUCUUAUCACCAAAAAACAACUUAAAAUAUCUAGGAUUAAAAGCACUCACAUACGUAAUCCGGCAAGAUUUGAAUCUAGUUCUUCAGCACCAGUUGACAAUAAUUGAAUGUUUAGAUCACUCUGACCCGAUUAUAAAGAGAGAGACGCUAGAACUGCUCUACCGAAUUACCAAUGCACAAAACGUAGCUGUUAUAGUGCAGAAACUGCUGGACUACUUGAGACAAAGCAAGGACGAAUACAUCACCAUCAAUUUAGUUGGCAAAAUAGCACAACUUGCAGAACAGUAUGCUCCCAGUAACGAGUGGUUUAUACAAACCAUGAACACGGUGUUUGCAGUUGGCGGAGAUAUGAUACAACCGGAAAUCCCAAACAACUUCUUGAGACUACUGGCUGAAGGAUUUGAUGAUGAAGUGGAGGACAAGCAAUUGAGACUCUAUGCAGUGAAUUCCUACCUUGCUCUUUUGGAAAAGCCCAAAGCACAAUAUCCCUUGAAAUUCCUACAGGUUAUGAGCUGGGUGCUGGGAGAAUAUUCCUACCUCAAAACAGAAACCAAACCAGAAGACGUCAUACAGAAGCUACAUUGUUUACUCGGAAAAUGUGCUGCAAAUUUGGAAACAAAAGCUUGGAUCUUGAGUGCGAUUACCAAACUCUAUCGUCUGACACUGAAUGUCAAAGCAAUACCUGAAAUCAUGCAACAUUUUGGGAAUUCAAUGGAUCCUUGUUUGAGACAAAGUUGUUUUGAGUUGAAGCAAUUUAUUGAGAACAGAGAGAUGAUGACCUCAGUUUUACCACUGAAUGCAAGUUGCGAUGAUAUAGUGGUUGAUGCUUCGCUCUCUUUUCUGGAUGGUUUUGUUGCCGAUGCGUUGGGUCGCGGAGUUGCACCGUAUAAGCCGCAUCAUCAAAGACAAGAAGAGAAAUUGGCUCAAGAAAAAGUGUUGAAUUUUGAACCUUAUGGACUAUCGUUUCAACAAGCCCAACAUACCUCCAGUGUUACAGGAAGACAAUCCCCUGCAGACUUGUCCUUACAUUCAGAGAUUUCUUACAACAGCACAGAAUCUGGAUUAAAAGAUUCAGAGGGUCUGAAACUUGAAGGGGUGAAGAAAGUGUGGGGUAUGAAGGGCUACCUUCGAAGCAAGGAAUCCAAAGAAGAAACCUCAAGCAAAGCAAUUGCUGUUUCCGAAGGUGAAAUGGCUGCUCAAUGUCCCUCCACUGCAGAAAGUGUCGUCAGUAUUUCUGCAGAAGAACAAGAGAGACAACGUUUGGCAUCAUCUCUAUUUGUUGGUUUGGGAUCCAAUAACCUUGUAAAUCUGAUGGGGAAAACUCCGAGCACUGCCCAUACAUUUCGCCGAAAGUCAAAGAAUAUUGAGAAACAAAAUAGCUCUAACAAGAUGACGUCUGCACUGAAGGCGACUGCUUCACACCCUGGUGAAAUUCCAGAUCUAAUGGAUAAUGUCCCAGAAAGCUGUAUUUCCUUCCAAGAGAGUAAAGCAGUACCUCUGGUGAAUGCAGCAACUUGCUCUGGAGUGGAACCUGGCCAAGUAUCUGAUCAAGCCUGGGCUCUGAAUAACAACUUAAUCGAAGCCAAGCCGACAGCAUCAAAGGAAUCUUUUUCGGGUCUAUUUGCAGAUGGGAAUUUUGACAUUAUACAGCCUGUAAAUUGCAAUUCUUCCUCUGUGGCCCAUGAACCUGUCUCCAGUUUGACUCCAAACUUGCCCGUCGAGUUCUCUGAGUUUUUGCAUUCAGGAUUUGAGCAAGUUUGUGCCACUGAAAAUGUAACUCUGUCUUCCUGCAAAGUCUGGAAAGAGGACUGUCUGUUAAUAAUCCUAUUUUUUACUAAUCACAGCAAUAUAGAAGUUACAAAUGUGACCAUCGAAUUUACAUUGACUGAAGAAUUGAAGGCUGUUGAGAGUUCAACUUUCCAUUUUGCAACCAUAGAAUGCCAUGCCUCCGUCAGAUGUCAGCUGUGUCUGCAAAUGGUGAAGCCUUGUUCCCAGGUAGCCCUCUCCGGGCACGUCAGUUAUCAUCCCAAGACCCACCAAUGCACUGAAGAGAAAUGUACACUAACUUUAUUCUUAACUGAUUUUAUCAGGCCUUUAAAACUGUCGACUGAAGAAUUUGGGAACCUUUGGCUUUCACUCUCCAACGACGUGAAACAGAAUCUUAACGUCUCAUCAAAGUCAUCGGAAGCUUUGACGUCAGCACUUAACACUCUACAGAAAGAGCUCCAGCUGCACAUUGUGGCUAUUAUAGGAACAGAAGGGAUUGUGUCCUGCCAGCUGCUUCCAUCGACGGCCUGUUUACUCCACUGUCGAUUCCACGCUGGGACUUUAUCACUGUGGCUGCGAUCAGGUUGCGGUGUCCUUCUAGACUGCUUGCUGUACGAGUGCCAAAAGGUGAUACAAAAAAUGUAAGCUCGGCAAAAAACCUGAGGCAGAAAUAGUCAGGCAGCUUGCGUUUUCCUCACUGGUUUUGACAAUGUUUCUCACGUUCAUUGGAAUCGAGGUGGCUGUGGCGUUUGAUGAGGACAUGUUGUUUGAGGCCACUGCAGGCUGGUUGUUCCAGAGCAGCAAUGUGACAUGAACAAUGGUCAACCAUUGUAAGAGCCGUUCACAGUAUAAAAGCAAGUGGGAGUAGCAACUCUGUACUGAAACUGCUUCUUGGGGACUCCCUGAGAUUUGCUAGCGGCUGGUGUUCAAAUGUUUCUUCAUUUCCAAAGGUUUUUUUAAUAUGGAAAUUCUAGGCUAGUGCCACUGUAUGGAAACUGCAAUGUAAGGUAAAACUUUUUGAAUCAUGAUAGUAUUUUGAUUCCAGGUUUGACGUUUUGCGCAUAUGAGAACUGUGAAAACAAAAACGUAGUUCCAACUUUGUGAUGGAUGCCAAGUAUCUUGGAGUACUGUAGCAUGUCUAGCACGUUUAUACUUGCAAACCAGCUUGGAAGUUCUCAAUUAGGAGUUCCAUCGAAAUUAACAGCAAUUUAUUUUGUGUAGGAAGGAACUGCAGAUGCUGGUUUAGACUGACGAUAGACACAAAAAGCUGGAGUAAUUCAGCGGGACAGGCAGAAACUCUGGAGAGAAGGAAUGCGUGACGUUUCGGGCCGAAACCCUUCUUCACCUAUUCCUUCUCUCCAGAGUUGCCGCCUGUCCCGCUGAGUUUCUCCGGCGUUUUGUGUCUAUCAUCAAUUUAUUCCACCUGUGCUGCAACUUGGAGUCAUUUAUGCAUGGGGUACUCAUUAAAUGCUGGAAGGUUUUUUUUCCGAAUCACACACUUCCAGUUUUUGAGCACAGAAGCUCCAAACUGUGUAGGGAUAUUGCUUCGAGUUGCGCAUAUUUAAUCCCGUUCCAUCACUUCUCUUAUUGCAAGCUGCAUUGAAAUUGCAAAAUUAAAUUUUUCCGCUGGAUGGAGCAAAGUUUUAUUGCUCCUGUAUUCCUAGGCGUGACACUAAUUUGCUACAAGAGCAUCACUAAUUUGUUGCACUGAUAUUAAACAAAGGGAGUUUGCUUAUCAUUUCUUGCACUGUGGUCAAGAUCAGAGUAAUAAUCAGGGAAGUGUUUUCAAGCUCUUUCGGAGCAGUUGUGCAUGUAAGUUAUAGUACUUAUCAAGACUGACCCAAAGCCUUAUGCAUGUAUAAUAUAAUCAGCCUAUUUUGUACCGGUGGUACAGUUUUCACUGUUUAAUAAUGUGUGUGGUUGAGUGUGUAUAUACAUAAUAAAUAUAGUAUGUUUAAUUAUGGUUUCUGUAAACAUCUGUAAUUUAAUGACUGCAAUGCUCAAUAUAAUUUCUUUGUA